GACCGUGUGUAGCAGGCCUUACAAUCCCUCCAGAUUCUUUAUUGUUUUGUUUUGUUGCACAUGCCCUUAUUGCCCUCAGUGGGGAGAUAGCCAUUCGGGAUUAAAAAGAGAAUUCUUUAUAUUGUUUUAAUGAUUGUUUGCGCACAAAUGCACAUACAGCGACAGAAGAGUUAAAAUGGAAGAGAAUAAUAUGGAUGCAACGAUCGCAAAGGCUCUUAAAAGUUUUCUCUGUUUUCUUUACGUGGGCGAUGAUCGGCCUUAUUACGACGCAACAAAAUUCUGGAAAAAACAAGAUUAUUAUUCACAGGGAAAGCAUUUAAGAAACUUGGAGAUCUUGGUCUCGAAAAAGAAAUAUGAAUUGGUUCCCCUCGACAAAAUUAAAUUGGCAAUGGAUUCAUGUCUUGUUCGGAAACCAGAUACUCUGAUGUUUGCUUUAGCGAUGUGCGCUAGACAAAGAACAAGUGAAAAAUUAAGAACGUCUGUGUACUAUUUUGUAACAGAACAUUGCAAGGCAUGGAAGUAUUUUAUAAGCUUCCUUGAAUAUGUGGCGUACUUAUGCAGAGUCGAAAAUUUCAAAGAGGCGGAAAAUAAAAAAGCACCCACCGGUACCGGUCGAGGUUGGAGAAAUUCUGUGAACAAAUGGUAUCUUAAUCAUGACGCAAUGGAUCUUGCAAUUUUAGUAGGACGAUACAAAAGUGCUCAUGGAUUCAAACAUAAAGAUAUUUUGACGCUUUCCCACAUAGAUUUUAUCAAUGCCGAAGUGGCAAAACAAGUUGUAUUCGUCUAUGCCCUCCACGGACUCAAUGCUGCCUCCCUAAAAUUUAAGAAUGAACUUGAGGCAAAAAACCAAUUGGAUUACUUGAAGCGUGUGGAAGAAUUAAGAACAUGCAAAGAUCCCACAAUUGUUGCUGAAAUACUAUCCAAUAGUGACUUCACAAUUGAUCAUGUUCAUCCAAGUGUAUUGAGAGACGAAAAUGUUUGGAAAUCACUUUUACCUGGCAUGGAUAUACGGUCCGUUCUCAAAUACUUGCCAAAAAUUACCCAACUGGGUUUCUUAAAAAAGGGAUCAACGCUGACUGAAAUUAUCAUUGAAAUUCUCACUGACUGGAACAACUUGAGUUGGAACAAAAUUUUACCUGGAGAAAUUCUCAAGAUUUUGAAUCUUUAUGAAGGAGCUCCAAAUGCAAGAGUAUUACAUAGACAUCGCUUAGCAAACGUAGAAUACGAAGAAGGGUUGGAUUUGGAACGUUUGACAGAAGAAAAUUGCUUUACGGACGAAGCUCGAAAAAUAUGGAUGAAUAUAAUGGAACGUAUGAAUAAUUUUAAUGAGGAUAAGAAAGUAAUGAUAGGGAUGGGGAAAGAAAAAAAGAAAAUAAAGAAAAAAACCGAAGAUACGGAUAAAAACAAUAAAAUGCAGAAAAAACCUGUCAAAAUAAAAUCACCAAACGUGCAAGUUAAACAAGCUCUCCAGACAGCGUUGAACUUGUCACAAAAAGUUGACAUAACAGCGUGCAACGAAAAAUAUUACGUCGUCGGAAUCAAGAUGCCAUCCGGAAAUCCGAAAAAUAUUUCAUCAUGCUCAGAAGUCGGCCUUACCAUUGCUCUUCCUCUCCUACAUCGUAAUAAUACCCCCGAAGACUCAACGACCGUUAUUUUCUAUGAUCCAAAACGAGGCCAUGGAUUUGUCCCUGAAAUAUUGAAGGAGUGGAGCUUCGAUGAAACUCUCGUGCAUACGUUGAAUUUGAGCCAAGACGUAAACAAUAUUGAAAUACCAUUGCCAUUGGGACCAAUGUGUUUUUGCAAGUCGGAAAAACGAAAAUGUGAUGUUUUCAUAAAUGUUACGAAUUUACCACCGACUCGGCCACCGCCAGAAAAUUCAGUCAAAAUGUCAAUCAGUCUACGAAGAGCAGCAAUGAAUUCAAUACUUUUCUGGAAAAAAUACUUGAAUUUUCAACAAACCCGCUACAUCAAUAUUCUGCUGAAUCAAGCACCAUUCGAAUUGAAGGGGUCCGAAUGGGAUGAAAUUCUGACUAUAAGGGGAUUCGACACAAAUGUACCAUUCAUCAUUGAGGCAUACGUCCGUGGACUUUUCUGAUCGAGUUUCAUAUCUUUGAAGAAAAACUCAUCAAUCGCAUAUUCAAUAAUCGCAUCUAACAUAAUAUUGAGAAGCUUUAUAUUUUACAAGCUUCUACUCGUCAUAAUUCGUUUCGAAGUUGUUUCACCAACGAAAAACAUUCUUUAGUUUUUAUGUACUUUGCAGAUGAGAAUGAGAAACAUUUUUUUAAUAGUUUCCACUUAGAACUAGAAAUCAGCAUUUGGAAAUACUUGUUCACAGGUUUUUUUUUUUAUACCAUUUCUUAAAAUAAAUCAUAUUUCAGUUCAA